GGUUACAUUUUUACAGUAGAUUCUUCAGCGUUAUCUAUUUAUCAAUUCGUGUUUCUUGAAAGAGAAUCUUCAUACACAAUAACAUAAAUUAUAAAACCAAUUUCAAUAUGGUUCUCACAAAAGAAUACAGAAUAUCCAUGCCUAUGACGGUCGAAGAGUAUCGUAUUGGCCAGCUGUACAUGAUAGCGCGUCACAGUUUUGAGCAAUCCAGCAAUGGUGAGGGCGUGGAGGUGGUGGCCAAUGAACAGGUGAACGACGAGGUCAAUGGCCAGGGCCAGUAUACGGAGAAGAGGAUUCACUUAUCAAGCCAUCUGCCCUACUGGAUACAGUCAAUGACUCCAAAAAUAUUUUACAUCACAGAAAAGGCUUGGAACUACUACCCCUUCACCAUAACUGAAUACACAUGCUCCUUUAUCCCAAAAUUCUCCAUAUCAAUACAAACAAGAUAUGAAGAUAACAAUGGAACAACAGAAAAUUGUCUUGGUUUAACUGACGAGGAACUAGGCAGUCGGGAAGUAGAUUUUCUGGAUAUUGCUUAUGACGAGAUCAAGCCACAUCAUUAUAAAGAGGCAGAGGACCCCAAGUUCUUCAAAUCUGAGAAAACAGGGCGCGGGCCAUUGGUGGAGGGCUGGCGGGACACCCAGCAGCCCAUCAUGUGCUGCUACAAGGUCGUGCACGUCAAGUUCGAGGUGUGGGGCCUGCAGACCCGGGUCGAGGAAUAUGUGCAGGGUGCGAUACGUGAGAUUCUCUUAUUGGGUCACCGGCAAGCGUUCGCGUGGAUGGACGACUGGUACAACAUGACUCUUGACGACGUUCGAGCUUAUGAGAAAGAUAUGCAAGACAAAACUAAUAGCAAGCUGAAAGCUGAAGAAGCGGCCCCCGCGACGCCGUCGGACCCCAAGAAGUCGCCGUCUUCCAAACCACAGACGCCUAAGACCCCACAGAGCGCGAGCUCCACGCCUACGGAACCCCGGUCUUGGUUUACCUGGUCUUAAGUGUUUAUAGGUAAGUAAAUAUAGUUGAUUUUUUUGUUCCCAAAUUUCAAAAAUAAUUUCUACUAUACUCAGAGCAAAUACGCUAUUCGAAAACAGAAAUUACCGUUGUCAUAGUUAAUAUGAAUUUUAUUGCUGCGUUUCCCCGCUGGAUUGCCAGACUUAGCCGCUGAGCGAAAUAUUCGCUCGCUCGAAAGUCGCCCAGACAAUUUUACAACUUGUCCAUUUUUAAUAUUCUACUGCAUAAUUCUUUGUUAUCAAAUAUGGACAAAUGAAUGAAUGAAUCCGAGAGAGGUGGGGAGAACCACUUUGUCCAUCCUCUGAUGAUCUCGUGCAAAAAUAAUGUCAUAAAUUUCAUGAUACCAAUACCACGCCAAACGUCAAUAAGAAAUAACAUUUAUAAACGUGUUUAAGAGUGGUGUAUCUGUGUUUAUACUUAGUGUAAUUUGUUAGUAAAUUUCAUGUCACUUCAUACAAUAAGCUGAUCUCAUUAAGAUAAUGCUUUCUUGCUGACAACAGCUUUAUAUCGCGAAGUAGUCUUAGAUUGAUCACCUGUUUACAUUAUAAACGGCGGCCGCUUAUUGUAUGGAGUGAUAUUUCUAUACUAUUAAUCCGUGGUGACGAUAAAUCAAAUAUGUGUUAACCUUCCUAUGUUGUGUGAAUAGUACUGAUUGAAGACCAUGAAAACUAUUAGUGUAAUUGUUUUAGUUUAAAGACAAGAAUGUGAUGUUCCACCGGUGGUCGGGCCCUACUUCGUGUAUGUACCACCGCAAUAGGGGUGUCGUUAAUAAUAAAAGCGCCGAACGUUAUAAGGUACCUUUACCCGUGGAACGUCAUAUAUGCUUAAGAAUAUAAAUAAUGGUUCCUAUGCCUAAUAUACGGGCUGUUCUUUCAACCUUUAGCCAAAUUUCUAUGGGCACACCCUGAAACCGCGAAUAAAAAAUUGGCUAACCCAUAGAAAAUAUCGAACAGCCAAUAGGUAUGUAGGGAACAACCCAUUUUAUCGCGAUUUCGGUGUUGGUCCCAUACAUACUAAACAUUAUUCUCAUACUAUAGUCACCUGAGUCACCUCGCAUAAUUUGGCUAAGGAUUGGAAAACAGCCUGUAUAUUAAAGUAAUAUAGUACGUACAGUAGUAUAAAUAUUUAGUUCACAAACUCCGUUCAUUUUGAGAUAGGUAGAUAAUUUUAUAGAGAUGUUAUUGUAGUUGGAAUAUUAUACCUUUUAGGUUUAGGUGAACCUUUAUGUACUCUUGAGCUUGCUUAACUGUUGAUUGUAUGUUUCUUGAAAUCCAUUUUAUAAAUAAAUAUAAAAUGGUUUUCGCAAGAGAAAUAACGCGAUUGAUUCCUAUAAAUAUCGUGGCGACAUUUAGUAACUUCGGAAAGUAAUAAAUUGAAUUCGGAACACUUUGGCACCAUAUUAGGCAUAGGAUUAAUAAAGUUCCAAGAGUGGACGACUUCGUGUCACGCAAUAAAUGUGUAGUGUUCAUGAGAAUUACAAGAUGUGUCCAGAUUUGACGAAUGCACCGGGAAACUCACAUGCUGCUGCGUGAAUUAUACAUAUAUAGUACGAUAUAGUUACGAACGUGCAUUUCGCGAUCGGCUCGCGCAGCAUUUGCCAGGUCUGGACGCACCUUUAUAAAAUUGCAUUCCGUAAUGUAAUGUCACCAUUAGUCAACAAUUAUUUAAAAAGCGUGUGUACCGUAAAUGUUAUUAAUUAACUUUAUACAAAUGUAUGUUGUUGGUGUUACUUACCAUUGUUAAGUGUUACUAAAUUUACUUCCAUUUAUCUAUGGCCUUCUUAAAUUAUUAUUGAUAUUAAAUAAGUGGUUGUGCGUUAUUUGUACUCUCACAAACUUAGAGGAUAUAACCAACGGAGACGCCAUGUCUAUAAUUUUUGGUACAAAAUAGUCUGCCGUUUUUGCGGGGGAGGGGCACAUCAAAUGUAUACGUAACGUCAACAUAGCCAUGUCAGAUAAACGUCAGUCCAUACAUGUGUUUGACAUGUGGUUGACCAUUGGCCGCCUUUUUUCGACAGAGGGGAACGCCUGUUAAUGACCACUCCGUUUGGUUCCAAACUCACAAAUGACCAAUACACAGUGUUUACUGUUACUGCUGUAACUUAUAAUUAAUGUCUGAAUUGAAUACCAAAGUGUUUAACAUGUAAGUUUAAAGGGUAAUAAAUAAGGCGAAUGGAACUUAAGUCUUAUAACACUUCAUUAAUAUAUAAUAAUAUAAAUAAUUUAUAUUCGGUAACUAUAUUACUAGUAUAAUACUUUUAUAAUAACAUGUAUUGUUAUCGGAACAUACCAAUACACAAAUUAGAUGUAUUUACCUAUACAACAAAUAUUGUCAAAUGUCAAUUGAGUAACGUCAGUUGACAUCGAUAUUUACAUACAAGUAAAUAAAAACAAUGCAAAAUUCGCGUGAUAAUAGCUAUGAACCACUUAAAUAACCAAAAUCCAUGAUAUUAGUGUACAAUUGUACAGCUUGGCUAAAAAAAGUAGAGAUUUAAAAGUGGCAACACAGUAGUGUCGUCCCUUUCAUACCAAUAUAUAUAAUAAAACGGGACGACACUACAGUGUUGCCACUUUUUAAUUUCUACUCUUUUUUGCCAAGUGCGCUUUGGAAAACUCGAUAAGUUAUAUCAAAGUUAUAAUUACCUAUACAAACAUGUUACAGGGAUAAUUGGUUCAUUAGUAAAUAUUUAUGUUUGCACCGUGUAGAUGUAGAAUAGAUACGGGUUUUUAAGUAUAAUAUAAUAGUGUUGUGUCGUGCUACUGGCCUGAUUUAUUCUAAAGCAAGGCCUUCUUAGGGUAAUUAUAAAUAGCCUGACGCUUUUUUGAAGUUUCCUAGGUUUAUCGGUAUAACUUCAUUAGAUACUCUGUUCUUAUUGCAGUGAGUACGGACCGGAUAGUAUCUUACAAAAUAGGACCGCAAUAUUGGUCGUAAUUGAUGGCGUAGAAAACUUAAGCAAAAAUAUGGUAAUAGUUAAAUGAUAUCUAUUUAAAAAAAGGCUGAUGACUGAUGUACAUUAUUUACAUUAGUUUACACGAUCCUCUAUCUUAACACAAAUAUAAUAAACUGUUAAUGUCUAGCUGUCUAGAUAUAGGUACAUACGUUUGUAAUAAAAACUUUAUGACGAUUAUGUUAAGGCAGAAAAUCGAAUGACCAUCUGGCAUGCCUCCCAAAUUAAUUCUAUCUUACUGUAUGUAUUUUGGCUUGAUGUUAUCAAAUGGUAUAAAAUGCGAAUAAAUGUAUGAUACAGUAUGCAAA